UCUCAUGAGAUAUGUCGAUUCAAGAUGGCUGCGCCCAUGGUGUCGCAUGUUCCAUGAAGGAUUGUUCACACAUCCCGGUAUUUUCCACCGGCAGCUGACUUUCAAUUUGGUAUUCUUUGAAUAAUAAUGGAGUCUUAAUAAAGUGUCCUAUGCAUUGAGUGCGCGGGAGACAGCAAAACAACCGAAGGCGUGCUGGCGGUACGUUGUGAAUAAAAAAGGGACUAAUUAAAAUGACACAAUCUGCAUUUGAGAGGCUGAAGCCAAUAUGUGUGCAUCUCUCCAAAGAACCAACAAAUGAAGGAAUUAAUCAGCUCAAAUCUCUCCUUGAUGCAAUGGGCGAGGGCUCCCUACAGUCUCUUCAACACUAUGUUCUCUUUCCAUUACGACUAGUUCUAAGAUACCCAAGAAAAGUGCCCACAGGUUGCUGUGAGAAUGCUAUUGGGUGUAUCAGGCAAAUAUUCUUGGUAACUACAGUAAAUGAAUGGCAGGUCUUCUCAGAUUUCUUUUCUACCCUGUGUAUUCUCAUCAGUGAAAAGAGUAACUUUAGUAAAGCCUCCAAACACCCAGAAGAAUUGAAGCUAGCUGUGAUUCAAUGCCUGGAGACUUUGUUAAAACGUGCUUCAAAUGAUGUUCUAAGGCAGCUGUACAGUCCUGAGUUUUUGCCGGCUGUUGGACACGCUGUGUCACUUCUCAUAGCUCUAGCAGAGUCUGAGAGACUAAGAGAGUUGAGGGUCACAUCCAUGACCUGUUUGCAAACGCUGGCUCAGUGUCGAGAGGGUGAGCUGAUGAGCCACGCUGAGGAAGCCAGAGAUUGUUUUGGUUCGUUCCUACCGGGGAUCGCAAUGUCUCUCUGUAGAAUCAUCCAGGGUGAUCAGAAACAAGGACAGAAUGUCACCAACAUUGCAAUCAAAACGUGGUCCUCCAUUGUUGCCAUGGUAAUGAGUGAUCUUCACUCACCAAUCCAACCUGAGUGUCACUCCGAUAAAGGCGGGGCAAAGCACGCAGGAAGAGACUUAUUGAUUAAGAGAACACAAGAUUGGGUAGAGUCAACUGCAAAGAAACUGGACAUUCUGAUUGGUCAGAUAGUAACGUUAUCAACAAAUCCAAACUGGAAAAUCCGAACUGCAUUGGUGACAUUUUCAGAAGAGUUGCUCUUCAGGUGUAAAAGAUCCUUAUCGCCCAGCAUCCCUAAACUCCUUGAGGUCUUGGUAUCACUAGUUGGAGAUGAAUACAAUGAGGUUGCCUCUCAGAGUAAGAGGAUUCUUUCAAGAUUCAGUGAGGCUCAUAUGAGAGGUACAGAUGGAGAAGAAGGUGAAGAUGCGAGGCCUUUGGUGGAACUCCUUGAAGACAAUUUACAUUCCUUGAUGACAUCGUUGCCUCGGAUAAUGAGAACAUCGGAUGAUACCUGCAAACUUUCAACAUUGAAUCUUGUCAUUGGAUACUUGAAGUUACUAGGUCCAAGGAUCUCUUCUCUUCUCAACUCCAUCUCACAUCUCAGACGUCUCUCUCUGGCCCUUAUCCAGAUCGUAGAGUUUGACUUACGGGACAUCAAGAUACUUGAAGAGACAACCUCUGGCCCAGACGGUGCUGCAUUUAGCAUGGAGGUUUAUCAACAUUGCCCAACUAGACGUAAAUAUUUCAAGCAUUUCACAGACGAUAAAAUCUACAAGGCAGUUGUGCAGGUUUGCCAUUUGCUUGGAUUGUAUGGAAACAUCACACUUCUUGUGGACCAUUUCCUUGAUCUCUUCCACGAGACGUCUUCACAUCAGAAACAAGCAGUCCUCAUCUUAAAUGAGAUCAUGCUGGGAUCAAUAGCAUCACCGAUGGACGACAGCAACAAGGCAUCAUGGGAAGGAUCGGCUUGUCCAGCCUUGAGGGAAAUAUCAGCGAUAGAGAGCGCAGUUCGGAAUUUACUUCAAGAAUACACUUCUCCUUUACAUUGGUAUCUGACUACAACUCCCAGCCAUUCAGAGUCUGCGAUGACACAUAAGGGCACAGCUAGUUGGCUGGUUGUUUCGCAGCGAGAAGAUCACAGCAUUUCAUUGGCUGCAUUGAAUAGCAAUGUUCUUCUUAUCAGUUUAUUUUUGGAAGGGAUUGGUGCGUUUUCUCAGGUUCUGGGCCCAGCAUUCACCAUGUUUUUAAUGGAUUGCCUAUACUCUGUACUGGAGAAAGUUGAUGAUAGUAAAUCCAUUAUCAGCCAAACAGCGUAUUCCACCUUGAUGCAAAUGUACAUAUCAUGUGGUUAUGAGAGCAUUCCAGACCUGCUAAGCUCCAAUUCAGACUAUCUCGUUGAGUCAAUAUCAUCUGGUCUUAGACAUCUUGAUAUGUACCCUAAGACGCCACUUGUUCUUAAAGUCACACUCCAACAUAGUAAUGCUGAUAUGUUACCUCUUCUACAAGACACCAUUGAUGAGAUUCUAGUGACGUUGGACGAGUAUCACCAAGACGUUGCUCCGAUGAUGAUUGAUGUCUUGAAGACUCUCGUUGUUGCAAUCAUCAGAUGGUUCCCUGAGGAAAAGAAGAACAGAUCACCAUUAGAAGGGCAGGAAAGUGAUGAGCAAUCCGUAGAUGAGUCUCAAUCCAACAAUCAACCUGUAACUCAUCAAACAAUCAAAGAAUUCUUCCUUGAACACCUUCGACUCAAGCGCCUUGCGCAUGGUGAUGUACGAGAAGAGGAUAUAGAGGGUAGUGUUGAUGAUAGCUCUGGAGAGGAGGUUGAUGAUUGUGAGGAUGAGGUUGAUAAGGAGAAGGAAUUACCUCUACAUGUUAAGACUGUGAAAGAGGUUCUCUCCAGAUGUCUCCAUUUCCUGUCAUCCAGCGACCCACGGCUACGUCUUAAAGUUCUUGACAUUAUUCAAAAUGGCAUCAUAGCUCUACAAAACUAUAAAGAUGAACUGUUGCCACUGGUUCACAGACUCUGGCCUGCCUUUGUUCAACGUUUCAAGGAUACCGAGCAACUGGUAUCCUGCAAAGCCUGUGAAGCACUAGUUACAAUGGGGGAUACCAGUGGUGAUUUUAUACAGAAGAGGAUCAUAAAGGACGUGUGGUUUAAACUGGUGUCCUUUCUUACAACACAAUCCAAUAUCAGCGAGAAGUGUGGUCCAGCUUACAGACAUACCCCUUCCUGUAAACUACAGCUAGCCAUCUUUGCUCUCCUUGGUCCUCUUUGUAUUACAACAAGAAUAGGAGGCAGUGAGUUGGCUACGAUGGCUUCUGCCUGCCUGCCUUACCUGAAUGCUAGACAACCUGAGGUCUUACAGCAUGCUGCAUUCAAUGUCUUCAAGACGUUUGGUAGUCUGGAACCUGAUGCAGUGUGGCUUGCAUUAAAUGAUAUCUACUGCCCAACCACUCUGACGGCACCUCAUGAAUGCUUUCAGUUACACAAGUUUGUUGGUGAGACUCAUCCCCAGAGAAACCAAUACUCGAAGAAUGUCCAGAAACUUCUUGAUCAACUUAAUACUUGGUGAGAUCAAUUCCCUGAAUACUUGUGUGAUUAUAACACCAAUGUAUGAAAAUGGGCCAGACUAUUGUUGCUUUCCACCUCCAUGUGGACUUGUAUGGAGGGAAUAACAACUUGUCAUAACUAGGAAAUUAAGUUGAGGUCAUAUGCCAGGCACUCAAUUCAUGACGUUAGACUCUUUUAGUUUCCUAAAGCCCAGUUUAUACGAACUGCAACUUCCCGUAAAGGUAGUCGACACUAUUGGUAAUUACUCAAAAUAAUUAUUAUCAUAAAAUCUUACUUGGUAACGAGUUAUGGGGAGCU